AUGACUAAAAAAGUAAAAUUAGAUCAAGAUGAAAUAAAUAAUAAAAAUAAAAAUAAUAUUAAUAAUAGUUUUUGUAAUAAUAAAAAUAAUAAUAGUUUAAAUAGCGACCUAGAUAAUUUAAACAUAAAUCUUUACGACAAUAAUAAUAAUAAUAAUAAUAAUAAUAAUAAUAAUAAUAAUAAUAAUAAUAAUAAUAAUAAUAAUAAUAAUAAUAAUAAUAAUAAUAAUAAUAAUAAUAAUAAUAAUAAUAAUAAUUAUAAUAAUUUUUGUAAUGGGAAUAAUAAUUUUAAUGAAGACUGUAAUAAUAAUGAUAACGAUGAAAAUGAUAGAUAUAAAUGUAAUGACGAGUUCGAUUUUAGACAUAAAAAAAGUACAAGAUCUCAAAGUCAAAGUUCUUUAAAUAGUUUCGAUCAAGAUAAUAAAUCAAAAGAUAAAAAAGUUAUAAAUAAAACAAUUGAUAUUAGAGUUGGAAGACCUCAUUCUCAACCUCUCCAACCUCAAACACAAAUUAAUAUUCAAUUUUCAAAAUUAUUUAUUUAA